AUGGCCUUAGCAGCCUUCCUAGCCGAGCUCCAGGCAGAGGCCAGCUGCCCCAUGUGCCUGGACUACCUGAGGGACCCAGUGACCACUGACUGUGGGCACAACUUCUGUGGCUCCUGCAUCCGCCAGUGCUGGGAAGACCUGCAGGACGUCUUCCCCUGUCCCGUCUGCCUCCACCACUGCCCUGACAACAGCCUCAAGAGGAACCCCCAGCUGUGCCACAUGAGUGACAUUGUUAAGCAGCUUCCCACCACGAGGAGCAAGAGGAGGCGGCAGGAAGAGAAAGCCCUGUGUGAGCAGCACAGUCAGGUGCUGGACCUGUUCUGUGAGAAGGACCUGGAGCUCUUGUGUCCCCAGUGCAGGGUCACAACUGAGCACCGGGAUCACCUCCUCAUGCCCAUUGAGCAAGCUGCAGCUUCUCUCAGAAAGAGGCUGAAAAGCUACAUCGAGCCCCUGAGGAAGCAAACAGAAGAUGCUGAGAUGGGGAGAGAUGCCCAACUCUCAACCUCCAUUGCGUUGAGGACAAAGGUGGAAAACUGGAGGGGGGAGUUGCACUCUCAAUGGGAACAGCUCAGGCAGCUACUGGCAAAGAAGCAAGAGGCCGAUUUUUUGGAUUUACUGAUGGAAGAGAAGGAUGUUACGGAAAAACUAAGUAAAAACAGCACUGUACUUUCUCAACAUAUUUCUACACUAAGAAGUCUUCUAAGUGAAAUGAGCGAAAGGUGUGCACAGUCUGACAUGGAGUUACUGACAGGUAUUGAGACCAUUUACAGCAGAUAUGAAAACCUGAAAAGCCCAGCCGUGAUUCCAUGUGAAUUAAAGACCCCGAGCAGCUGUCUCCCUCCACAGUACAUCGGCCUGCAGAAAGUGAUCGACGCGUUUAAGGCGGAGUUGACACUAGAUCCUGAGACUGCCCAUCCCAAUCUGAUCAUCUCAGAAGACAGAAAAGGUGUCGCCUAUGGAAAGAGAACACAGAAUGUUCCUUCCAAUCCCAGGAGAUUUACGUCCUACCCCGCUGUCCUGAGUGCUGAAGGAUUUGCCGCAGGCAGGCAUUACUGGCAGGUAGAAGUCAGGAGCACAGGUGACUGGGCCCUAGGUGUGUUCAAGGAAUCAUUCCUCGGUAAUGCUGUCACUUCAGCACGGCCCAAGGAUGGCUGCUGGCAAAUUGAGCACUGGACUAGUCCAGGUGGCACCCGGGACAAAGGAAGACACCUAUGA